UCCGGUGGGCUUGCCGCCAGCUCGAUGCCAGCUUGAUGCCAGUUUGCCGCUCGGCCAUGGCGAGAGCUCAGCUGCCGUGGAGAUUCUUGGUCUUCUUCUUCUUCUCCUUCUUCCGGAAGCCUCUUUACACACAGGCGCGCUUGACGUCGGCGCACCUGAAGUGUUUGCUGCUGUGCUGGCUGGCGGUGCUGGCGGGCAGCUGGGUGGUCUACGCGGAGUACUCGUCCCGCUCCGAGCUGUGCCGGGGACGCCGGUGCACCGCGGACACGUGCGCCAAAUACAGACGGGGCCUGGUGGACGGCUCGGCCUGCGGCAGCUUGUGCGACAAGAACACUUUGGAGCUCAACAAGUGUCUCAGCACGCACGCCACCAAGCAGGUGUACUCGGGCAUGUGGGGCGACCUGGAGGGCGUGGUCAGGUGUCAGAUGGACGAGGUCCCCGCUUACGACGUGGGGAGCCAGAUGGGGGGCAGGAAGGAAGCCGCCGCCCUCUUCGACACCCCCUCCAAGGGGACCUCCAUGGAAAAGUUCCGGGAGAUGAUCCUCGACCACCUCAAGACCAAAGUGGGCGAGGAGCAGGCCAACCUUGGCGAGCUGACACUCCGCGCACUGGCGGCGGCCGACGCCAACAAGGACGGUCACAUUUCUCUGGCGGAGGCUCGGUCUGCGUGGGCGCUGCUGCAGCUCGACGACUUCCUGCUGGCGUUGGCCCUGCAGGAACGCGGGCACAUGCCCAAGAUUCUCGGCUUCUGCGGGGACCUCUACGUGACGGAGAAGGUACCCAACGCCCCGCUCUAUGGCCUUAGGGCGCCGGCACGGGUGCCAGCCUGGGUGCGCCGUACCGCCGACCACUGGUUCACCCCCACCUGGCCCCACCGAGCCAAGAUCUCCAUCGGGCUCCUGGAGCUGGUAGAAGAUCUGUUCCACGGGGCCUUUGGCAGCUUCCUCAUGUGCGAUCUGAGCGCCGCCCGCUUCGGGUACACCGGGCGCCACGAUUUGAAGGUGGCGGACGCCGGGCACAUCGUCCCCGAGGCAACCUUUCGGGAGGCCAUCAGGGAGCAGAGUUGCGAAAAGGACACCGACUGCGUCUACGGUGUGGACUGCUUCACUUCCUGCGAUCUCACCAAGCGCCGCUGCACCCCAGAGGUGGCCGAGCCCAACCUGGCCAAGGCCUGCCGGGCUCUGGAGGACUACGUCCUGUCGGGGGCGCCUUCGGACAUCCGCGAGGAGCUGGAAGAGCAGCUGUACGCCUGCAUGGCGCUGCGGGGAUCGGCAGAGCGGGCCGAGAUCCAACACUCGCUGGUCCUCAACAAUCUUAAGACCUUGUUAUGGAAGAAGAUCUCACACAACAAAGACUCCUAACCAAAAGAUCUUUGGGUCCUCAGCAGGUGGACUCCGGUGUGGAGACGAGAGUCUUACAUUGACCUUCGCAGCUUUUGGGGUAGUUAAGGUAGUUUUAACUUGACCUACGCAGCUUUUGAGGUAAUUUUGGUAGACUUGCCUUAACCUACGCAGCUUUUGGGGUAGUUACCGUAGUUUCAUUUUGACAAAAUAAGAUUUUGGCCAUUUAUUUACAUGAAUCCUAUUUUAACCAGCACAAUUUUGGAGGGAUUUACAAUAAUCUCAUUUUAACUUUUCAGUAGUUUGAUGCUAACAAGUUCAACUUUGGAGGGAUUUACAUGAAGUCGAGAUUGAGCACUCGCUGGUCCUCAACAACCUCAAACACUGCGAUAGAAGGAGAUCUCACCCCACAAAGACUCCCAAUCGAAGAAUGUUAGGAAAUGGAUCCAGAUGGCUUUUUUUGAUGCGCAACUUUUGGGGGACUUAAGGUAGUUUCGGUUCAAUAGACGCAACUUUUGUGGGCUUUACAAUAGCCUCACGUUAGCCUACACAGCUUUUGGGGAAGUUAAGGUAGUCUUAUUUGAAUGAAACAUUGUGGGCAUUUACUGUAUUUGCUGUAAUUAUUAUUAUUAAUUUAACUUCACAACUUUUGGGGUAUUUUUGGUAUUCUCAUUUUUAACCAGUGCCACUUUUUGCAGGAUUUAAGGUAGUCUCAGUGUAACCAGGGCAAUUUGAGGGGGAUUUUAGGCAGUGCUUCUUUAACAGGACAACUUUUGGCGGAUUGGUCUUAUUUCAUCGACACAGCUUUUUGGGGGAUUCAAUGUUGUCUCAUUUUUAACCAAGGAUUGUUGGGGAAUUUCUCAAUGGGAUCCAACAUUUUAUGUGAAUGAAUAAAACAAAGAGUAAGUAGUCUGACUCAUGUUGCAUAAACAUGGGAUAAAAGCACGAGAGAAUCCGAAAUACAGUAAAGGUUACCGUGGAUUUAAGGUUUGUCCUGAAGUUGUAAACCAAAGGGGGAAGGAAUAUGACAAAUUUAUUUCACACGCAGCUUUUAUGAUACAUUUCACACAUCUUGCUUAUGAUUUACAGUGUUUAAUUGUCAUUUAAGCAUGAAAUGAAUCAGUAAAGUGAAACUAUGUAUACAUUUAUAACUGUAUUGCACGCAUCAAAAAGCUUUUUGCCCACCAAGGUCUUAAUGAGAGGUACCGGCACGGAAUAGGGUGUUGAAGUCAAUCCACAAAAAUUCCUUCCGAGUGUCAGAAAACUGCCUAUCAGAGCCAGCUGUAUUACAGGUGUGUGUAAAAGGUACCGUAUAUAUACAGAGUAUAUAUGUGUCAAAGUCUUGUGACAUUUUUGUUGAGUGAGAUUUUUCUAACGCAAUAUAGUCACAGACUUGGCUCAAUAAAGCUUGCGAAAGGUU